UGUUGGAUCAUCCAGAUAUUAAAACACAUGUGAUUUUAGAACACGUUAUGAAUCUGUUAUGUAUUUAGGAUUUUUUGUUUCGAAGCGAUCUGACGGUCACAUCGGAGCCGUUUAGAAGCAGAUAUUCGGGCCUGAGACAGACUGCUGCGGAUUGUAUGAGCGUUGGAGAGGAAGUGGCGGGUGAAGCAGGUCCGCACCUUUUCCGGUAACAGAGCGCGGCUGAGCUGCGGGGCUGAGAUCUGAUCUGAUCCGGUCCGAUCUACUGGAGAACAGAACAGAAGAAAGGGAUCAGAUCUGAAACACCCGCUUUAUUAUACAGAAGAGAAGAGCGGCACAACGGAAACUCGGAUGAAUCAAUGACCUUUGGAAGACUUGUACAGCUUCCAGUGUACGGACAUGAUGGUCAGGAUGGUCAGAAUGAAGUCCUGAAGGGGGUCAGAAAGCCGGUGCAGAAGGAGGAAGUCGAAACUACUGCUGGCUGUGACCGGGCUGUGACUAAACCGCUUCUGAAUGAAGUCUGUCAUAGCCAAGGCUUCUCCUAUUGUGCUGUGAAGAAAUCUGGAUAGUCCUGAGGGCUGACUGGAACAUACCAACCUGGGCUUGGAAGGGUGACAUGAAAUAAAUGUUAGGUGUUGGUUGUCCUUUUGUUGAGAGAUUCAGAAAAGCUACACGCUCACCUUUUUGACAGUGUUUCACUUUUUAGAUUCAACGACUGAACAGCUCUUGUAUUUAACAUCAACACAGUUUUACUCUGGACCAUUUUUGUAAACUGUAACUUUUUGAAACUGUUACAGUAUCUAAGCAUUGCAGUUUUACACCUGGAAGUAUUACAAUAGCAAAUAAUCCAGCCAAAGUUAGGCUACAUAACCAAAACCUUCCUUGUAUUUUCUUCUUCCACAAACGUAAUAUAUGCACAGCCAACAAGAUGGGGAAAAUGCUUUCCAAGAUUUUUGGCAACAAAGAAAUGAGAAUAUUGAUGCUUGGACUUGAUGCAGCUGGUAAAACCACCAUUCUUUACAAACUAAAAUUAGGACAGUCGGUGACCACUAUUCCAACCGUCGGCUUCAACGUUGAAACAGUCACCUACAAGAACGUAAAGUUUAACGUCUGGGAUGUGGGAGGUCAGGACAAGAUCCGACCCCUUUGGAGGCACUAUUACACAGGCACGCAAGGCCUCAUCUUCGUGGUGGACUGCGCUGACAGGGAUCGCAUAGACGAAGGGAGACAAGAGCUGCACCGCAUCAUUAAUGAUCGGGAGAUGAGGGAUGCCAUUAUCUUGAUUUUCGCCAACAAGCAAGACCUCCCGGAUGCCAUGAAGCCACAUGAGAUACAGGAGAAGCUUGGUUUGACCCGGAUUCGAGACAGGAAUUGGUACGUUCAGCCUUCGUGCGCUACCACAGGUGAUGGACUAUAUGAGGGCCUGACCUGGCUUACUUCAAAUUACAAAUCUUAAUGUACUGUCAGUUAGACUGGUCAGUGCAAGAGAUGAUACAUAAAGUAAAACGAUGCAAGAAAAAACAGAAGCAUUUAAUGUUUUUUGUUGUUGUUGUUUAUGAGUCAGAUGAGUUUCCUUGUAAUUCUUUUGACUGAUCAUGCCCUGCAACAGUUUCUUUUACAGUACAUAUUUUUGCUAGCUCUUAAGUUUGCUUUUCGCAGCAUAAUUCCAAUACAAGCAAAUCAUACUCAUUGUCUUACGUUAUCACAAAGUAUUUUUUUAAAAACUAUGAAGAUGUAGAUUUUUUUAAUCAUUGAAAAAGUUUGGUUUGAUUGCUGAUAUUUUCUUUAAACCACAUAACUCUUUUUAGGCUGGUAUUCUGCUUGCAUUUUGCAUUAAUGGAGGCCAGGUUUUGCCCAUGAGUGAGGUGGGAGUACAAGGGCCUUUUGCUGAAGUUUGCAAUUCAGCAUUUCUGGACUGACCUUGGACCUCUGAAAGUGUUUACUAACCUCAUGACUCUUAGUCACCUACUCUUACAUGGUGCUCUGGAUUCUGGCCAGUGAGUAGCCUACAAUAUCCAUUAACUGCCCAAUGCAAUCGGACAAGCUUAUUUUUGUUUUUAUUAAAUUUAAUAAUUGCUUUGAUGUAUGUCAAUCGAUUUGUUAUGCUAAAGAAAUAAUAAAAAAUUAUAUCCUUGCAAUGAAA